AUGUAUGAGUACUACAAGAACAGCUCAUCCACGGUCCUGUCACCCACCAGGGACAGGCUUCUUUUGCAUAAUAUCAAGAUUGUAUUUGAUAUGGUUGACGUCACCACGUAUACAUCUUGUUCCAUUCAAUUCCAUGUCAGUGCUGUCAACCACCGGCCUCUCUCAGCGGCAUUCAUCAACGGAGGCAGAAACUUGGUGGCGCCCGAUGGCUAUGGAAAGCUUUUCUUCUGGGAAUCAGCUUCUGCCAAUUUAUUGUGGUCAAUUGAAUCAGGAUGCUCAAACAUACAGGCUCUGGCAGUUUGCUCUCUGGCGUUUUCUGGAGAGUUUAUAACAAACACAAAUGAAGACUGUCAUCAUGUCGUAUUUGUCUGGCAACUCACCCGUGAGACAUGUACUCAAGCUUUGGACAUAUGUAGUGCUUACAGAUCUUCCUUAGAGCCUGGACUAUUGGAAUCUGAAUUGCGAUCUCAAGACAACCACUGUGUAGAGAGCCUGCAGCCAUUGCUCUACGUCGCAUUGGCACGCCAGACCUGUCGUGCAAGCAGUGAUGAAGAUCCAUGCAUUCAGGAUGGUCCCAUACCUAAUCACCACAAGCCAACACAUACGUCGGAUGCAUGCAAGAUAGAAGAGCUUGAUUCAAAUCCUCAGCGCAAGGAUCCAGCACCCCUGUUGUCUAGCCUGCACGUUGCGGCACAAUGCAUCCCUAUCCCUAUGAGUGGGAUGAUCCCAGAUGAUGAAGAUUCUAUGCCUAAAUCUCCAUUGAUCAUGGGCGUCAAACUUAGUAAUAGCAUACACUAUGUCAACACGUCCCUACCAAUGUAG